UUUGCUCUCGCGCUCUUAUUUGUUCAUUCCGCCAUGUUUGUUUCGCCACAAUUUCAGCUUUUGUCGUUCGUGUUGAAACGCGUCUAGCGCGUAAAUUUUGGAAAUAUGAAGAAGGUCAUACAGCCAAAUGUCAGAAAGGUUUAUGGACCGAGUGUCCAGCAACAUCAGACGGAAAUUCAGAUGAAUGCCGUCCGGAAGAUUAAUAGCCUGCUAUCGACGGGCGCUGUGAGUGUUACGGGGCCCACCCAGCCGCGCAUCCUAAAGCAGAAGACCCAGCUCUAUGGGCUCAACAGUCAAACACAGAAGUGCUAUGUGUGCGAUGAGACAUGUGGGGCCAAUGGGGCCAUUCUCCUGGACACAAUCACCUCACACUCACACACAAAGCUGCCAAAUAAAAUUGGGCGGUUAAUUGGUGAGGCAUUUCUCGUGAUUGUGCGGGCAGAUGAUGUGAUCUGCAAACGAUGUGUCUCAUUGUUCAAUCGGAUGGACAGCUUGGAAUCGGAACUGGAACGCAUCCGGAGCAGUGUGCUAAGUUUCAUUUGCAAGAAAUAUGGCAUCAUGGAGGAGGAAAUUAGGGCUGGUGGUGUCAAUAGUGGGCCCCCACCGGCAAAAGUGCAGAAAAUUGCAGCACCUGGAGGCACAAAACUCGUAACACGAAUCCUGGCCACGUCUGAGGAUGGAGAAGAAGGACAGCAACAGCCACAGCAGCAGGUGAGAAAAGUGGUGAGUAGGGAGAGUGGCGGAGGGGAUCAGCAGCAGCAGCAGGUUUAUGAAAAUGCUGAAGUGCGUACGAUGCCAGCUCUGGUGCGUACAUCAACCAAUAGCACUCCUCAGCUGCGCAAAGUGACUCCAGCCCAGCGGGAACCCAUUAAGAUCUAUCGCUGUGCUACUUGCGAUCACACUACGCCCGAUCUCAAGCUGUUCCAGAGUCACUAUGAGACAUGUCGCAGCACCUGGCCAUGCAAGAUCUGCCGGAAGAUCUUCACCACUUCCGUGGCGCUGAAGCAUCACACGGCCGAGAAGCAUCCGGCUGAGCAUACGUGUCACUUCUGCAAUCUCAAUUUCCUCAAUGAUGCCGCCUACAAGAAGCACCUGGAAGUCUCACAUCCGGAUGUCAAAAUUGUCGAGACUCCAGCAACCAGCACAAAUACCACCCCUCCGGCUCGGAGUAUGGGAAUAGUGUAUACGUGCAACAUCUGCCAGUGGAAAACAGGCGAACGGCAAACCUACGAGGAUCACAUGAGGAAGCACAAUAAGAUGAAGCCAUUCAAGUGCCGUAUCUGCAAUCAGCGCUUCGAGACGCGCGAGAGUGCCAGCAAACAUGCCAAAACCCACCAACCGGACUAUUUCAAGUGUGGCGACUGUGCCGCUUCAUUCCCCCAGCGAGAGCUCCUCAUGAAGCACUUUGAGGUGCACCAUAAGGCCACAGGUCCAGUUACAACAACACAAAAAGUCGUUGUGACCAGCAGCUCGACUCCUACAUCCCAGAGUGUCACCACACAGAAACUCCUUCAGGAGACAAUUGAUGAGGCUCUGAGGGAUUCAGGAGAUGCAUUGGAUACAUCAAAGGGCAUUCACUUCUUCUCCUGCAACAUCUGCAGCCUGACAUUCAUUCAGGAGAACUACUACAAUCAACAUAUGGAGACUCAUAAGCGCGAUGGAACAGGAAAGAAGGUGACAGCAUCAACGGCAGCCGGAAGUUUGCCCACAGUGGCCACUUCGGCUGCCCAGAGGCAGAGUCUGAUCAGGCAGGAUGUCAGGAGCACCAAUGCAACAAUUCUGGGCAGUCAGGGUGGAACGACGAUCAGUGAUGCGGAUCUGGAGAGUAUCUUUGAGAAGAUGCAUGCGGACAAGGGGGAGAGUGAGGCAGUAAGUGCUGUGCAGACCACCACAACGGACAAUCUGGUUAUCACGAAGCAGAGUACAGCCAGUGGGGGCAUCACCUACAACAUCACCAUCCCGCAGCAGCAGCAGGACGGAACCCCAACAACACAGGCGGCAGAUGGCGCCAAAGUCAUAUUCCAAGCACAUUCGAACGAGGCGGAAGGCGGUCAGGUGCCGGCUGGCAUCGAUAUGCCGGUGCUGGACAACCUGGAGGAUCCCGAAGCGGCUGCACAGCAGCAACAGCAGCAGCAGGAGAGUCAGUCGCAAGAGGCUACGGAGGAGGGAGGAGAAGGUGGUGGUGCCGAUGGCGUUGUUCCUGGACCCCCCGUCAGUAUGCCAAGUCUCGAUGAUGAUGCCGAUUCACAGAGUCAGUCGGCCAACAUCGAUGCCGUUCCCAUGGAAUUGGACGAGAUGCAGAGUGGUGUGGAGGGGGAACAGAUAAAGUUUAUCCUCAAUGAAAAUGGUCAGUUGCUGCAGCUGGACAAUCACAUCAUCACCACAGACGCCGAGGGUAAUCAGAUAAUUGUCCAGGGAGCAGAUUCUGAGCAUCUGCAGCAAUUGUUGCAGUCCGUGGCGGGAUUGGAUGGGAGUACCAUUCAGAUGAUUGGAGAGAACAAUCAGAUGAUUCUGGUGCAGCAGGAGGGCAGUGAACCGCAGUUGAUUGAUGCUUCACUGCUGAAUGCCGAUGGCCACAUUGUGAUUCAGCAGGCGCAGGAUGGUGAGAGUCAGAGUUCGGAGGAUGUCCAGAUACCAGCUUAUGCUACUGCCCAGGAGGAGACGCAAGAGGAGGAUGGGGUGCCGGAGCAGGCGGCGGAGGAGAGUGUGGUGCAGCAGCAGCAGCAGGAAGAUGGGACGGAGCAGGGGCAGGAGCCGCAGCCGAUGGAGACGGAGGAAGAGGAGGCAGUGGUGGUGGCCAAGGAGGAAGUGACGACGGAAGAGAGUGGGGAGACUGAGCAGCAGGCGAUGAAGGAGGAAACGGUGGUUGGGGCGGAGGAGGAGGGUAGCCAAGGAAAGGAAGUGACGGCGGCGACGGAGGAAGUGGAAGCGACACCAGUGACAUCGGCGGCACAGACAACAACACCUUCGGAGGUGUUCUUCAACAUUGACGACCUCAUGGGGGGACACCAAGAAGCUGAACAGAAGUGAACAAAUGGUAAUCACUGAAUGCAAGUUGGAAAGGGCACGAAAGGGAGAGAUACAAAUAAACUGGAUGGGAGCAAGAGCAGGUAAAAUAUUAGAUGAAAAAAAAAUAUCUGUAAAUGCAAUUUAAAAAAAAAGAUAAAAAGAAAAAAAUAUUGGAAUAUUAGAGGAUAAUAGUGAGAGAGAGAGAAAUGCUUGAGAGUAAGAAAGAGAUGUGUGUAAGAAAUGGUAAUUGGGAUUGAGAUUUCUUUAAAAACAACAACAACAAAAAAAUAUUGAGAAAAACAACUUCCUCAAGGGAACUUUGAGGCAGUGAAAAAUAUGUAGUAGACUUUUUAAAUUGACUAAAAAAAAAAAGAAAGAAGAGGAACACUAAAAUAAUUCCACCUUUUUUUUAUUGAUAAAGGGGCGGAAUCAAAAAGAAUGGGCAGUAUUUAAAAAAAAAAUAGAGAGGAAAAAAAAUUACUUGGAGAUGAAAGUAAAAAAAGAAAAUUAAAAUGAAGGAGAAUUCGUUGAUAAAAAAAGCAGAAAACAUAAUUUUGAAUGCAAUUUUAUGUUGUAGAAAUUAAUUGAUGAAAAAAAUCUAAUUGAGAGAAAAUAUCUUUGUCACUAAAUGGAUAUAAAGAUGCAUUAUUAAUUAUCUUUAAAAAGAUUAAUAGGGUUUAUUGAUGAAUAAAAUAUACAAGAGAGAGAGAGAGAGACCGCGCGAGAGAGCGAAUGAAGAGAUAAAGAAUAAUUCAUGGGAUAGAGAACAUGAUUUAAAAAAUAUAACACAAUUCUUCACACUCUUAUUUCUUCCUUAAAAAAAAAACAAUCCCCUCGAAGAGAAAAAAAUCACUUCUUUUAACCAACACGUUGCAUAGAACGCGAAUAUAAAGAAAAACAAGAGAGAGAUGUAGGUAAUAUUGACAAAAAAAAAUUAAUUAAAAACAACAAAAUGCUAAAGAAAUAUAUUUUACAAAAGAAAUAUAAUCUAUAAUUUUAUUUCCUCAAUAAAGACAGCCCCAAUAAAGCGCAUUGUUCAAAUCAAAAAGAUUUAAAAAGAAGAAGAAAAAAACAAUGGCUUAGAGAAUGAAUUAAAAAAAAAAGAAAACACAAAAAAUAUAUCUCUUGAAGUGUAAUUUAAAAAACAAAAAAAAUAUAGUGCGAGAAAAUGCGGAGAUAAAAAAAAACACAAGAAAAAAAUAAUUAGUGUUUAAUAAUUUAGUUUUAAUUUUAAACAAAAAAAAAUCCUUAGCUUCUAAGUGAGUUUGAUUGGAAGAAUUCUUACAAAAAAAUAAAAAAUAAAAACAAGAAAACAGUAAAAAAAAUCGCGAGAAAAUUUGAAAACAAAAAAAAUCACGCAUAGAAAAACAUUCUUGAAUUUCGAAGGAAAUAAAAAUUUUACUUUUUAGAAUUGCAACUACAAAAAAUAAAUACGUGCAAGUAAAAACCGGAUUCAUUCAUUUUAUGCGAUGAUCCUUGCUUAAGAAGCCACGCCCACAUUUUUUCUAGCCACGCCUUCUUCAGAACAAGUCUGAAGGAAAAAUCAGCGCAAUUUAAUAUUUCUUGCAGUUUUGGAAUGGUUGAAAUUUGAUACGGAGCUACUAUACCGAGAGAGCUAUUCCCGCCAAGGAAAGCCUUUCCGAAAAAAGGCUAUAGUCUUGCCAUAAAAAUAGGCCACGCCCCUUGUAGAAUUCAUUUUUGGUACAUGAAAAAACUCCAGGAAGUAAGUCCAUCGCAAAAUUCCUCUUAUGCAAGUUAUUUUGCCCAAUGAUUUCCUCACAGACUUCCUUAAUUAAUUCCAGUCGGAAUACAAAAAAAAAUAGAUUUCCAAAUUAUUAUAUCGUCUGAAAUAUUUUUUUCUGACUGAAGAAAAAUGAAUGCGAAGAAUUUGAAAAUAUUCAAAAAUUGCGGAAUCAACAUUUUGGUGUACCUUUUCCAAAGCUAUUUCUGGAAGUAAGGUUAUGUUCAACCUAACCUAAAAUAAAAUCUAGUCAUUGCUAAAAACAAUAAAAUAAUUUUAACGAAAAGAAACGCAAAUUUACUGCUGUUAUAGAAUUUACAUUACUACUUCUGCACCUUUUCCUUGAUAAAAAAAAAACUAUUUUGAAUUUGGUAUUACAUUUGACAUAACCUAGAAAAAUUAGUUGUAGCGAAAAUUCCGAAAGAUUUUCAGGCUUUUCAUGUGCAUAGCCUAACGGCGUUAUCACACUUGCACAUUAAAAUUUUAAUGUGAUUCACAUUAAUUGUCGCUUGUGAGCGUUCAAAUAUGUUAUUUGUGUCUUUGAGUCACUUAAUAUUUGGGGUUUUUCUAUUUAAUCAUAAAGAAGUGGACUUAGCCUGCAAAAAUAAGUUUAAAUUUACCUAAAGCAUAAAUAUUUUUCACAUUAAAAAAUUAAAGAGGAAAUCGCAUUAAUUAUAUCAAAUAUAUAAUUAUAUAUAUAUUAUAUAUAUAAUUAUAUCAAAUUUUGCGGACCAAGUCUACAUUUUUAUCAACAAAUAGACCAAAUUUUGAAUAUAAAAUGAUUUAAACACACAAAUUACAUAUUUGGACUCUCACCAGCGACAAUUAAUGUGAAUCAUAUUAAAAUUUUAAUGUGCAAGUGUGAUAACACAGUAAGAAGACCCUUAUUAAAAAAAUAGCGGCCCUUUUGCCCAGAAUUUCUAGAAACUCAAAAAUUUGCAGGAUCAACAAUUAGGCAUUCUAUGGUUAUUCCUGGAAGUAAGGUUAUGUUGUUCCUAACCUAAAAAAAGCAAUUUUGAAAUAUAGAAAGUUACGGCUUUGGUUCAAUUUAAUAGCGUAAAUUCUGAAGGUUUCCAAUUUUAUCACUACUUUCAACAUCUUUGUUACAGAAUCAGAAUCAUUUAACAUAAUAUAAACACUGGAAUUUUUUUUUACUAUUCUGCCAAGGUUUAUUUUGCAAAUGAGGUUAGACUGUUUCUAACCUCAAAGAUAAGGGAAAUAUUUAAGGAAACAGAGGCUUCUAAAUCAUCUUUUAAAGAUAAUUUAGAUAAUUUGGGAGACAAACUCAGCUUUUUAGCAUAAGUUUGGUUUCUAAAAUGUACUAAAAAUCGGUAUUUUGAACAAUUCUAACCUAAAUUAAAUUUCAAAUGAAAAGAGGCUCUAAAAUCACAAAGUAAAUCAACUUAAAUUCAUUGACUUCUCUUCAAAAUGCUUCAUUUUGUCAGAAAGUAAGUUUAGAAGUUUUUUUUUGGCAUUUUUAAUCAUUUAUCGGGAAUAUUUGAGGUUAGGGAGACCAUCAUAACCACAAUUUUCAUAACAACUUCUUUUCUAAAUAAGAAAAUGUCAUACAGAGAAAUCUGAAAUGAAGAAAUUAAAAACAGAACAAUUUCAAAACUACCCAUAACAUAUUUUUUAUUAAAAUAAAUUGCAUUACGAUCAGAAGGGGCGUGGCCUAUUUCUAUGUGAACAGACUCUAAGGUCCUCUUGGCAAAUGGAACAGUAUAAAUCACUUUCUCGUAGAAAAUCACAUUCAACAAAAUGAGAUAAAAAAAUACCAUCUUUGAUUUAGCAUAUUUCCUAAAGGGGGCGUAUCGGACAGAAUUUGUAGGCGGGGCUUCUUACAGACUUCAAUAGCUAACUUCGUGCAAAAGAUUUCUUUUUGCAAAUCGAAAAAUCUUUCAGGCAAUCAAAGGAAUUCCGAUAAAAAUCAACACUGGAAGAGAUUCACAAUUUAAAAAUUUUAAAAGAAAUUUUAAACCAUUUUAUACAAAAUGCAAAAAAAAAUGAAUGGGUUUCACGCGAUAUUUUAGAGGUGAAAAAAAAAGAAAAGAAACAUUUCUGUCAAAAAAAAGAGCAAAAAAUUUCCUUUCCGCAAAAAAAUGUCUUAUUUAUAAAAAAGAAAAUUUCAAAGAUUCACUGCAUCAGAAAACGUUUCAUUGUUUUAUUUUAGUUAGUUUAGAAAAAAAAAGAUGAGAGAAAACUGAUUUGUAAUUUAAAGAGAAACAACAAAACAUGAAUAAAAGCAAAUAAAUGCAUA